AUGCGGAGCAGGAAUUUCGAUCUGUUCUUGAAGGCACUGACACACAUUACUGUGUUUCUCCUGAUCACAGCAUGUCUUGGGGGCGAGUUAUCUGAAACUGAAUCUUUCCUAAAAUUCAUAAGAGCCGCUGAUCCCCAAAAUGUGCUACAAGUAAGCUGGGAUGGAACAGUGCCACAUCCCUGCUCAAAUAAGUGGAAGGGUGUCAUCUGCAAUUUGCAGGGAAAUACUGUAACAGAAAUCAGGCUUGAAAAUUUGAAUCUUAGUGGGAUAAUUGAUGCAGAUUCCCUUUGCAAGCUCCAAAAUCUUCAGGUUCUAAGCUUAGCAAAGAAUCUCAUCCAUGGAAAUAUUCCUCAUUCAAUUUCAAACUGCAGAAGGAUCGCCUAUUUGGAUCUAAGCAGCAAUCUUUUGAGUGGGAGAGUGUAUGCGGAUCUAACCAAGUUGAAACAUCUUCAGACCCUGGACAUCUCUAACAAUCAUUUUACAGGUGCUAUCCUUCUUUUCAAACAGGAAUUCAAGCAUCCAGAUAACUAUUUCAUGAAACAGAGUGCAACUCAGACAUAUAAUCUUCGAAAAAUGUUAGGAGCUGUGGAUUAUGAAGCCGUGGAUGAGAGCAACACGAGUUAUGGUGAAUUUCUAUCGGUGCCUCCAACGGGUAGUCAACCAUCGGGUGCUGGAAAAAAAGCGUGGUACGAGCAACUCUUUGAUUUGAUGCCAUUUAUUCUUGGCAUUUGUUUUGUCAUCUUGUUCUUCGUUGUGGUCUACUUUGUGACUAUGAACGUUUCAAAAGUGGCCAAAGAGAAGGAGAUCCUGAAAUCUCUAGCCAAUUCUCCUCAGAAUAGUCCUCCAGCUGUGCUAAAAGAAGAAAUAAAAAAGCCUGAAGAGGAACGUUCAGAGCUUGUAUUUUUUGUUGAAGAGCAAGAAACUUUCAAAUUGGAUGAUCUGUUUGAAGCCACAGCUAACUUACAGAGCCAGACCCUUCACAGCAGCCUUUACGAGGUGAUACUCAAGAACAGUUCCGUUUACGCUGUCAAAAGAUUGAAGAAGCUGCAGGUAUCCUUCGAGGAGUUUGGCCAAAUGAUGAAGCACAUAGGGAACUUGAAACAUCCAAACAUUCUACCACUGGUUGGCUACCAUUCUACCAGUGAAGAAAAACUUCUAAUAUACAAGUAUCAAAGCAAUGGAAGCCUGCUAAAUCUGCUAGAGGACCACAUUGUGGGCAAGGAGGUGUUUCCAUGGAAACUUCGGUUGUCUAUAGCAAGCAGCAUUGCAAGGGGCUUGGAUUUCAUAUAUCAGAAUAAGUUUCACAACCAUGAGACCAUUUCUCAUGGAAAUCUCAAGUCUUCAAACAUCCUCAUGGGUGAAAAUGACGAACCUCUAAUCAGCGAAUACGGCUAUACAAGAUUUCUAGACCCCAAGAAAGCUUCCUUGUUUUCAUCCAACAGCUAUACAGCACCUGAGAAAACCUUAUCCGAGCAAGGAGACGUGUUCAGCUUUGGAAUUAUUCUACUUGAGCUACUAACAGGAAAAACAGUAGAGAAGAGUGGGAUUGAUCUUCCUAAAUGGGUGAGGUCCAUGGUGAGGGAGGAAUGGACAGGAGAAGUUUUCGACAAGGAGGUUAGCAAUGCUGCAAGAGAGUAUGCAUUUCCUCUGCUGAACAUUGCCCUGAAAUGUGUAUCAAAUUCACCAGAAGAUCGACCAACAACGGCAGAAGUCGUGGAGAAGAUAGAAGAAAUAUUGAAUGUACACGAUGAUGUGUCCAUUUCAUCCAUGGCUUCAGUAGAAUCCACCCCGCGGGAUUGCUGUUUACUUCACACUGUCAUACCUGAAACCUGGGAUACUCCAGGCUCAAAUUACUAAUGUAUUGAUACAAUAUUUUUCUUUGGUGUAGUUUCUUUCUUUCUUUGCUUCUGAUUUGGAGCAACAUUAGCCCUUUUCUCUGUUAAGCAAGAAGACCUUGAG